AACACGAGUAUGGAUGGCGGCAGUGAUGCGGUUCAGUGUUCCACCGUUUUUACACGCUGAGAGAAAAGAGCCUGACGCUUGAGCGGGUGGAGACUGCUACUCAUUUAAAUCCCCCGGAUCGUUUUUUCAGCGUUUAACAAAGAAUCAUUUUUCCUUUUUUUAUUUUCUUUCUGCCGUUGGAUUCUGUAGAGCUGAUUUAAUGUCGUAAAUGAGUGGCGUGUAAGGGCGUCGUUGUUGGGAAGUUUUUUCGAGGGGGGGGUUUUGACCAGCUAAGGGCCAUGGCAGUCGAGGCUCGGCCGGAGCUGGUCGGGAAGCGGUUUCUCUGUGUCAGCGGAGACGACCCGCCUGAAAUCGGCGACAUCGGUCGGUGGCUGUGGAGGUCCGGGGUUAUACGAGCCGUCAACCUUCGUGACAGCGACACUUCCGAACUGACGGUAUAUGUGGAGUUUGACGACCAAGAGUGGGAGAAGAGAGAGUGGGUGAAGGUCUACGAGGAUUUCCAGCUGUUUCUACUGGAGCACCAGCUGGUCUGGGUCAAGAGGAAGGAGGGAGCAGCAGCAGCAGCAGGAGGAGGAGGAGGAAGCCUGCUGCAGGGAACCAAGGCCAAACACAUACAGUGGCCUGCCCUGACGUUUAAGCCAGUGGUGGGGAAGAGCCUGUUGUCGUCAGUAACAGCAGUGGAAUUCUUAUUGGACAGACAGUUGGACUUCCUGUCUGACCAUUCAGCCUUCCAACCAUACCAGGAUGAGGUGGACAGUCUGAACCCAGUGUUAAGAGACAACCCUCAGCUCCACGAAGAAGUGAAGGGCUGGCUCAAAGACCAGAAGGUGCAGGAAAUUUUUAUGCAAGGUCCCUACUCGUUGAAUGGCUAUCGUGUGCGUGUGUACAGACAGGACUCAGCCACCCAGUGGUUUACUGGCAUCAUUACGCAUCACGACCUAUUCAGUCGAAACAUGGUCGUUAUGAAUGACCAGGUGCUAGAGCCUCAGAACGUGGAUCCCUCAAUGGUCCAGAUGACCUUUCUGGAUGACGUUGUCCACUCUUUGCUGAAAGGAGAAAACAUUGGCAUCACUUCCAGACGGAGGUCACGAUCCAGUCAGAACAACAACAGUGCACACAUGGCGGGAGGGAGACCCAGCGGGACCACUGGCAGCAUUCAGAGUCACUACACACGAGCCCAAGCCAACAGCCCUCGCCCCAUCAUGACAUCAUCCGGCCCCAACCCUAAAGGUUCCCAGGGAGCGAUGGCCUCCCAGCAGCAGAGCCAGUCACAGCAAAGCCAGCAGCCAGCCAGCCAAUCCCACCACUCACCAGGAAGCAGUGGGCGGGAACAGAGAGAGCAGCGCAGCGCUCGCUCUUCCAGGAGGAAAGGAUCAGACAGCAGUAUUCCAGAGGAGGACAAGGACAGGAAAGAAGAGCCCACAGGGCGAGAGUCCAAGUCCAAGGUGAAGCAGGCAAUGAACAAACGGAGGAAGGGCGAAGAAGAUGAGAAGAAGACGGGUCUAAAGAGGCUCAAGACUGACAUGACGUCUGAUUUAUCAGAGAGCAGUGACUCAGAAAACCCACACAACAAGAGGACUGCCCACUCUUCCUGCUCCUCUUCCUCCUCAUCGUCCUCCUCCUCUUCUUCCUCCUCCUCCUCUUCCUCUUCCUCAGAGCCUAACUCUGAAAAUGAGCUAAAGACUCGCAGCAGUGAUGUAAAACCUAUUGCCGUCUCCAAAAUGGAGGAGGAUGAAAAACCACUGUUGCAAGGACCCAAAAUUAAUGAUUCCUCAGCUCUUAUUGGACGCAUGUCCCCAUGGGUGGAGCUUCAAGCAACAGAGGACAUCAAGAAGAGUGUGGUGAAGGACACAGAGAUAUCGAAGGAGGAGGAAGAAUUGGUGGCAGUAACACAGAUCACCCAGCCACCACGGCAGCUGACACCUCUGAUGUCUGAUGCAGUCCAGGGUGGUAUUAUUGAGAACAGCAAGAAUCCUGUGAAAGCAUCACCUCGAUCCCAGACACCAUUGCUGUCCCACCUUCACGGAGGUGGCGUGAUUGACAUCACAGAUGACGCCCAGGCCACCGCGCACCGUGAGAGUUCAGAGGCAGUGUCAGCGCUGCUCGCCUCCCAGAAGGCAGAAUCCACAGCCCUCUCACCUUACCUCCCUCUCAACCCCUCCCCGGUCUCCUCGCCUCCUGUCCCUCCAUCUCCCUCGGCAUCAGAGGGAGGCCGCAGGAUGGAGGUAGACCCUCCUGUUCAGCAGCAGCUAGGAAUCAUGGGAAGUGGAAUGACAGCAGCCAGGAGCUUAAGCAGCAAAAUAGAGUUUGCUCCCUCUGAAGUCAUCAGGCCUGUCACAUCGAUGGCUGAAAACGUGUUGCUGGUGGAAAAAGAGAAAACUGUCCUUUCUCAUCAUCAUCUUCAUCUUCAUCAGCAGCAGCAUCACACACAACUGCAGCACUACACAUCUAUCCACCCUGGCAUCAAGAGUCCAUCUUUAUCUGAAGAGACGAGAAAACACCCACAGCAGCAACUGUCCCCCCACAAGAUGAACACAGCCCCCCCCACUGACUUAGCCAAGUCCAAAAUGAGCCCCAGCCCAAACUCCAACUCAGCUCAGCUCGACUCCCUAAAACAAAAAUCCCAGCACCCCAACAACUCUCUGAGCCACUCCUACCCGAACACAAACCCAGCUGACCUCCUCAAAGCGAAGCCUCACCCGGGCAUGCUCGACAUCUCUAAACCUAAACCCAACACCUCCCCAGAGGUCUCUAAACAUAAAAUACAGAGGUACUCGGAUACCUCCCCACCUCCAACAGGCCGUUUGUCUAAGUUGGAGUCGGAGCCUCAGCGGUCUGGUUUCAAGCCAGUGCCGCCACGGUCGGAGUCGAGUGGAGUCAGUACGAGUAGCAGCACCAAGAGUCCGCUGAUCAUCGACAAGAACGAGACUUUCACUGUUUACAGGGACCCAGCACUGGUUCGCUCUGACACAGAGAACUCCGUCUCUGCAACCGUCUCUUCCAACCACGUGACGGCGUAUCUCCAUCCCCAUCUGCACACCUUGCACUCCCCCUCUCCUCACUCCCCCUGCCUGACUCCUGCAUCGCACCCCCAUGCCACCCCCCAUGCCGCCUCCCACCUGCUUGCGCCUCCUCACACCUCCGCCCUACCUCACCCGCACCUUCUGCCCCCCGGGGUGCUCCCAGCCAUGCCCCCUCCUACAGCCAAUCUCCUCGGGGGCCACCCUCGGCUCGACACCCCAGGCGGUUUGGGUCAUCUCGCCCUGCCUCAUCCAGCAGCCGCACACCAGCAGCAGUUCCUGCAGGGUCAGGGCCACCCUCCACCCUCUCUUCUAGCCCAGGCUCACGGCGGGGCAGCAGGGCUUGGCCUAUACCCCAUCCUUUGGCAGUACCCUAAUGGAACACCACCGUCCUACCCCCCAGGACUCAACCUGCCCCCCACAAAAUGGGUCCACCCUGAAAAUCCUGUCACUGUAAACUCUGAAGUCUCUCUCAGGAGGAACACAGCCAGUCCGUGGUUGCACCAGGCUGCUGGUGGCGCUGGUGACGCUUUGGGUUUGCUGGGCCACGUUCCUGUCCGACCAGCCAGCGCCGAUGCCCACCGCUCCGCUGUCAAGAUCAACACACAUGCUAGCCCUCCGCUGUCAAAGGCCAGCAUGGAUGUUCAUAAAGAAGAUGUGGAUAAGAAAGGCUUCGUGGAUCCCAUCAGGUCGCUGACUUUAGGACAGCUAAAACAGGAGCAGACGGACAGAAGUCGCACCCCGACAGGAAAAGAUGUCCACAUGCAUCGCCUUUACCUCGAUCCCCACAACAAGACGCGUCUGACAAACACACAGGAUGCAGUUCAGGCAGCAGACCGAGCAAGUAAAUACAAAGAGGAGAAUCGGCAGAUCCUAAAAGAGAGCAUCGAGGUCGCUCCCUUCACUGCAAAGAUCCAGCGUGCCAGUGACCCUGGAAUGGACAGGGACAGAGAGAGAAGCAGAGAUCCAGCCUUCCCUGUUCGAAUACCAGCUCUCCCUUCUCCCAGCUCCAAGUCCAGCCACGCCCAUCCGCACGCCAUCCAGUCCGAGAAGAGUAACUACUUCACCACGCUGUCAAACAGUGUGGUGAAUGAGCCUCCCAGACUCUACCCCUCCAAAGAACUCAGUUCUUACUACAACAAAGUAUCAGUUGGAGCCCCGGGGGUUGUGGCUAGUGUCGGGGCGGCCGUGCCAAGUCAGGGAUCUCUGUCGCUUGGCAGUUACAACUCCAAAGCCUCCCUCUGUAAGCCUCCUCCCCUCAUUAAACACCAGCCAGAGGGAGGAGAGGGCUUGGCAGGGAAAAUCACCGAGCAGCUCAGCCAGCAGGUGACACUAGUCCAACCCCAGCAUCAGCACCACACCAGUGUAGACAGGAUAGACCGCGGCAGCCCUGCCAUUUCUCCUUCCUCUUCUACGUCGUCCUCUUCAUCCUCUGUCUCCAACCACCAUCACCACCACCAACAGCAGCACCACCAGCUCAGGGCAAUGCCAUCUCUCCACCGAGCACCCGUCUUCCAUCCGCCCACACAGCACGCUCUGGAACGCAAAGAGGCCGCAGAGCGAGAGAGGGAGCGAGAGAAAGAAAGGGAGAGGGAGAGAGCUGGUUAUGGUGGACGCCUGUCUCCACCAACCCUCACUCCUAUCCAGCCAGUCAGCUUGGUGGCAGCUGGCAGCAAAACAUCAGUGGAGCAGCAGAAGCCCCCCACGCUGCUGCCGGAGCUCAGGGACAUCAAAGGUCAUGGAAACGCUGCUGCCAUCACCUCUGUGGCCUCUGCCGUCAGUGGGGAGAUUAUAACUUCAUCAACAGAUGGGUGGAGAGGUGGAGAGAUGAUUCAGGAAAGAGGAGGGGUGUACUGUGUAGAGAAAGGGCUGUCAAGAGGCAAGCCCCAGGCAGCGAUGGCAUCGGUCAUUGUACGUCCAUCUGCAUCUGCUAAGUAUGACAGUCCUGUUGGUGCUAACAAAUCUGGUGCUAUUAUUCAUAAGGAGCUCCCCCAGGGGAGGUUCUACCCAUCCAAAGUUCAGGGCGAAUGUCCAAGACUUGGCGAGAAUGCGAGAGAGUCGGGAUCUGGAAGGGUUAUCCAGCCCAACUCGAACUUGGAUGAUAUGUGUUUCCUAUAUAAUAAGACUUCUAUGCGCGGCAUGCAGGGACCUACAGGAGCCAGUGUCACAAACUCUGUGUGCAGGACUGCAGUUUCAGCAUCAUCAACUUUUGUUGUGCAGAAUAAAAGUGGUGCAGCCCCCUCAGAGCCAGGCUACUCGGUCUCAGAUCGGGGUGCAUUUACAGCCUUUAAAACCGGCUUUGGAGGCCGCGUGCUGAGCCACUCAGGACUGGAGAGGGAGCGGGAGCACCAGGAGGGCUUUGGCUCACGUACCACAUCACCAGGGGUGUCUUUGCCUCCAGUUAGUUCAGCAGGAACACCCCACCCCAGUCUAAGCCUCACCCCAGUUCCUAGCUCCAUUUCCGGCUCUAGUCAGCCUUACUCUCCCUCUUUUAUUCACCUCAAGAAGCACAAAGCUGCUUUAGCUGCAGCUCAGUCCAGAAGCAGCCUCCCUACUGCUUCCACAUCCAUAACUGGAAACUCCACCCUAAUUGUAGAUUCAAUCGACAAAACUCCCAUUCAUAACUCCCCUCCUCCACCCGCUUUGAGCCAAGCCUCCUCAACCUCGGUUGACAGUAGCAGCAGUAGCAGCAGCAGCAGCUCAGCUAGCGGGAGCACAACACCAGGCAAGUCCAGCCCCUUGCCUAAUGGCCAGUCCUCUGGAUCGGCCUCAUCAAGCUGCGGGCAGCCCUCUAAUUACCACAAGCUCAAGAAAGCCUGGCUAACUCGGCACUCUGAGGAGGACAGGAACACAACUGCUACUACGUGCUCCACCAGUGCUAAAGCAGAGAAACUGCCCAGCACCACUACCAGCACAAGCAACACCACAGCCAUGUCAGAAAUGAUCAAACCCUGUACCGUCAACCUCAGCGCCUCGACAUCCAGCGAGGUGGAGAUGAGCAAAGACAGCGCAGGUAAAGGUGAGAGAGAGAGACAGCUGGAGGAGAAGCUGCUGGGGGCGGCAGGAGGAGGCGGGGAGGAGAGAAAAGCGGCUCCUUUAUCCAGACGGGGAGGCAAACGCUCAUACGAGUCCGGUUCAGAGAGUGCAGGUGAUGACUCUGACACGAGCGAGAGCAAGAUGGAGGGCCGAGCCAAGCGUCAGCCUAAACCAACCUACAAGAAGAAGCAGAACGACAUGGCCAAGAAGAAAGGAGACAAUGAGAAAGACGAAGACGACAUGAAGCCCAACGGUAUCUUCAGAUCAGCCAGAGAGAAGACGAAGCUCAAACUCGCCAGCAGCAAUGGAAUCCCCCGCUCUGUGCUGAAGGACUGGAGGAAGGUGAAGAAGCUGAAGCAGACGGGGGAGUCUUUCCUGCAGGAUGACUCGUGCUCGGAAAUCGGACCCAACCUGCAGAAGUGUCGAGAGUGCAGAGUGAUCCGCAGCAAGAAGGGCGAGGAGCCGGCACAUUCCCCCGUCUUCUGUCGCUUCUACUACUUCAGACGGCUUUCCUACAGUAAAAAUGGAGUUAUCCGAAUGGAUGGCUUCUCCACUCCGGACCAGUUUGAUGAUGAGGCCUUGAGCCUGUGGGUCCCUGGGGAGAUGGAUGAGACCCACCUGGACCAAACCACAGCCAAGUACAUCCUCAGUUUUAUAGGAGACAAGUUCUGUCAGAUGGUAGUGAUGGAGAAUACUGCAGCUAGCUGGGUGAAGAAGGACGCCAAGCUGGCAUGGAAGAGAGCGGUGAGGGGGGUGAGGGAGAUGUGUGACGCAUGCGAAGCAACACUCUUCAACAUCCACUGGGUCUGUCAGAAAUGUGGCUUUGUUGUCUGCCUGGACUGCUACAAGGCCAAGGAGAGACGGAGCUCCAAAGAUAAAGAACUAUAUGGAUGGCUGAAGUGUGUUAAAGGCCAGCCCCACGAUCACAAACACCUCAUGCCAACACAGAUCAUACCUGGCACAGUGCUGACAGAGUUGGUGACAUCCAUGCACACUCUGAGAGACAAGCAUGAAAUCAAAUCUCAUUGUCCCUGCAUGAGCAAGCAGAACCUCCUUACCAAACUACCUGCUACCAACGGAGUCUCACAGGUUCUGCAGAACGUGUUGAACCACAGUAACAAGCUGUCUCUGGUGAAAGCUGAGGCAGGCUCUCAGCAGAACUCUGACCAAGUAGGAACCAAGGCAGAAACUAACGGUGGAGGAGGAAGCAGUCCAGACAGUGAUUCUGGAAGUGCUCCCGUCACCCCGCCGGAGUCCCAGUCUCCUCUACACUUCCUGGCUGACCUAGCAGAGCAGAAAUCCAGAGAGGAAAAGAAAGAAAACAAGGAGUCACUGCUGCUCGGUAAAUCCAUGAAGGAGGACAAGGAGGAGGACAGCCUUGAAGUCCUGCAGCAGUGUAAAACCACUUCACUGGUGGCAAACAGCACAGAGCAGGGCUCCACACUCAGAGAUCUGCUCACUACCACAGCAGGGAAGCUGAAGCUGGGUUCUACGGACGCAGGGAUCGCCUUUGCACCCGUCUACUCCACCGCUUCACAGACUGGAAAGGGUGGACGCACCAUGCCCAAUAUCCUCGAUGACAUCAUUGCUUCGGUAGUAGAGAAUAAAAUACCUGCCAGCCGCCAGAACAUUACCACCAAGCUGUCAAUCAAGCAAGAACCUGUCACCCCAAGCAUCAUCAGCAACAACAGCAGCAGCAACGCCCCAGCUGUUACUGAGGCUGUCAAACCAGACAAAAAGAAGUCAGCACCUGUAACCACAGGUUUACCAGAGGAUUCAACCAAUCAGCAUCCAGACAUUCCUCACUGCUGGUUAAACAACAGACGAUUACUGUGGCUCAAAGAUCACCGCAACCAAAACAACUGGAAGCUGUUCAGACAGUGCUGGAAACAAGGACAGCCUGUGUUGGUGUCAGGGAUCCAUAAGCGGCUGAACGCCAGUCUGUGGAAGGCUGACUCCUUCAACCAGGAGUUCGCGGAUCACCAAGGAGAUCUCCUCAACUGUAAAGACCAGGUGGUAUCCAACUCUGGGAUCAAGGAGUUCUGGGAUGGAUUUGAGGAUAUCACCAAGCGACCCAAGUCUAAAGAUGGAGAACCGAUGGUCUACAGGCUGAAGGACUGGCCGUCUGGAGAGGAGUUUAUGGCUCUCAUGCCCUCAAGAUAUGAUGACUUGAUGAAGAACUUACCCCUGCCAGAGUAUUCUGAUCCAGAGGGGAACCUGAACCUGGCCUCCCACCUGCCGUCUUUCUUUGUCAGGCCGGAUCUGGGGCCGAGACUCUGCUGUGCCUACGGUGUAGCUGCCUCUCAGGACCAGGACUUUGGGACUGCCAACCUCCAUGUGGAAGUCUCAGACGUGGUCUCUGUUCUGGUCUAUGUGGGAGUAGCUAAGGGCAACGGAGUCUUGUCCAAAACUGGCGUGUUGAAGCGUCUGGAGGAGGAAGAUCUGGAUGAGGGGGUUCGAAGGAGGCUGAAGGACUCCAGUGAAACACCGGGGGCACUGUGGCACAUCUACCUCAACAGGGACAUGGACAAGCUCCGAGAGUUCCUGCACAAGCUGUGCAAGGAGCAGGGAUUGGACGUGACACUUGACCAGGACCCAAUCAGAGAGCAGGGCUGGUACCUGAGCAGGAAGCAGCGUCAGCGGCUGUUGGAUGAGUACGGAGUUCAGGGCUGGACCGUGGUUCAGUUCCUGGGAGACUCUGUCCUCAUACCAGCAGGAGCCAUGCACCAGGUCCAGAACCUCCACAGCUGUGUUCAGGUCAUCAAUGAUUUUGUGUCUCCUGAGCACGUGGCCAGCUCCUUCCACCUGACCCAGGAGCUGCGACCCAACAAAGAGGAAGUCAACUAUGAGGAUAAACUACAGGUGAAGAACAUUCUGUACCACUGUGUGAAGGAGGCAGUGAGCUCCUUGAAGAGAAGCAGCUCUGAGAUGGACGAGGAGGAGAAUUUAUGACACCGCCUCCUCCUCCUCCACACCUUCCAGAGAGGGCCGUGAUUCCCUUCAGCAUUUCACCACACCCUCCUCACGGGGAGGUCACAUGACCGCUGACAUUUGCCGUGUCAGAGCUCGUCACGUGACCCAGGGGAGCUCACAGCGCGAACCGCUCCGGCGUCGCACAUCCAGGUGGCCAGUAAGAGGCACGACCACCUCCAUCAUCACCCCAAACCUUCAGUGCCAAGAGGAGACGACCACGAGACCAGAGAGCCGCUGGACUGACGGGGACUGGAGCUCUGUGGGCAGCAGCAUGUUGGCCGGGACACCUGGUAAAGCCACAGACCGGAGUGAGAGAGACUACAAACCUCUGCUGGAAACAACUGACCUCAUUAGUGUGACUUGUAGUGCAUUCUGCAGAGCGCCCCCUGCUGCUCACUGACUGUAAUCUGAAGGCUCGGAGCUUUAGUCCCUGUUUGUAGCAGUCGCCCAAACUAACGUCUUGGACAGAAGAAACUAUUGCUGAUCACAACAGCAUCACCAGCAGCAUCAGGAUCAAAACUUACGUCUCUGAUGUUUUUGAAAUUUGAAAAAAAAAAAGAUUUGAGGGAAGAAAAAAAAUGCAAACCAGAAAUCUCAGAUGUUUCAGUCGGCAGUCUUAUCUGCUUCCUCGUUUGUUAUUCCCUCUGUGAUCUGUCUGUUCUCGUCCUUCUUUUCUAGUUCUUUCUGUAUGUUGCAGUUUUGUUCUUGGCUUUCUUUUUCAUACGACAUGGUUUUGUUUCCUCUGUGAAGAUGUAUUUAUUUUAUAGUUCUAUGAUGAUGCAAUGCUAAUGAGACAAAAAAGCAUUAAUGUAAAUGUGAGUUGUACAGUUUUUUUUUCUUUUGCUAUGUGGUUUUCAAUUGUAAUACGGCUCUACUGUGAUGGAGGACACACAACGCGUGCACGCACACACACACAUGUACACACAUACGCACACACCACACACACACACACACACACACACACACACACACCAGCUAAUGCCUGCAACUUUGGGAAAUGUUGAUGCUCUACAGUCCUCAUGCCAUAAAUACAUUUUCUGAAAAUGAACUGCCAAACUAUUGUAAAGACUGUGUAAAAUUGUAUUAUGUAAAGGAAAAACUAAAUGGCUUAUACACUUCAGCAUUUUAUUAAAGAAAGUAUUCGCUGUACAAUUGAGACAUUUACAAAAAAGAUGUAAUUUAUUUAAGAAAAGAAUUGAUUGUCUUGUUUUUGUUAAGAUUUACUAUGGUGAACUUUUGAAGUUAAAAGACAAAAUAAUAAAAAACUAUAAUAUGUAAAUAUAUACAUAUAUAUACAUUCACUGAGGUAUUUUUUUAAAAAACAUGGCUUGCUUCAAUUUCAAAUUUUAAAGUGCAAGUGUUACAUGCUUUGUACAUUGAAGUUCAAAAGGGUUUUACAUUUUCCAUUAAAAUGGAUUUAUUAAA